ACUGUCAAAAUUUGAUGACAGCUUCGUUAAAAAGUAAACAAAAAGUCUAGUUUUGUUUUAAUUAGAUUUUUAUUGUGUGACAUGUUUUAAAAUUGUUGAAAAUGGGGAGCGGGGCUUCGCAUAUUGACGACAUUCUACCGCCUUUACUGGAAAAUAUAUGCACAUUGACUUAUGAUGAAUUUUUAGUGCAUUUAAAGGAGUUAAAUGAAAUACUGAAAAAUUCCCUCGAUUCCAAUGGAAAGAAGCUGGUUUUUGCAAUAAAGAAAAAUACUGAUUCCACAAUAUUUUGGAAGGCAACUGUACAAAUUGCUUGUGUAAAAUUUGAUCCAGACUCCAAAAAAAUAGAGAGUUAUAAGUUAUUUAAUUUGCUGGAUUUUCUUAAGAUAUAUUCCACUAUUAAAAGUCAAAAUUCGGCUGCAGAACAAAGUGCUUUGAAUGUAUCAAAAAUUCUGAGCAGUCUGGAAAGUACCUCUAUUGAGGGAAACACAGAAUGUUGUAUUUGUUUUGAAAGAAAACAAGAUGUAACAUUACCUUGUGCUCACAGUUACUGUACCAAAUGUAUAGAAGAAUGGAGUGAAAGUCAUGAUACAUGUCCAAUAUGCAGGGACAAAUUUGAGAGCUCUGAAGACACCUGGGUGAUUUCUGAAGCCCCAAAUGCUGACGAAAUCUCAAAGGAAAUACAAGAAAAUUUAACCAAGUUAACUGAAGAACAUUCUGAUGACUGCUAUGUAGCAUAGUUUUUCAAUGUAUGAAUUCCAUUUAUUAGGGUAAGUUUAAUUAAUUUAUUAAAUAAUAAAUAAAUGUUCAGUGUAUUUCCUAUAUUUUAUUAGGAAUAAAAUUAUAUACAAAUUACAUAAGCCUAUUAUUUAUAUAAGUAAAUAUAUUAUAAAUCACAAGAUCAUUUUCUGUAAAAAUUGAAAUAUUAAUAAAAAAUGCUAUCUUCUUUUGUUUAACAUUUUUUUUCGUUUUUUAUGUUCCUCCUCCAUUCUAAUAUCCUCUAAAUCUUCUUGAAUA